UACACUCUCGGGAGCGAAAGAUUGCUAUGUCCUCGAAGUAAAUUAAAUGAAAUUCGUGCCAAUCUUUAUUUAUCGAUCCACGAAAAAAGGAAAUUCGAAAAAAGUUCAUCCAAUUAAUUAGUUCUGAAGAUUCUUGGGCACAAAAGAUAAAAAAUUUUGAUUGCCGAUUUUACUACAUGACGAAGUGAAAAACAUCCACACUCGACAAAAUAUUUGAUAAAAUAGGGAAAGCAUCUGUCGACCGUUGAUUAUAGACACGAGAUAAUUUACCGAUCAUCGGUUAAACCGGUGGUGGUGUCUUUUUAAGAAGUAUCAUUGCAUUGGUGAAUCAUCAAAUGUCAUUCAUUUUGUCAUAUUUUUGAGAAUUGAAAACCUUGAAUUAUUGAGUAAUUUUUCGAAAACGAUUGAUAUGAUUUUUCGCAGUUUUGUACCGUCAAUAUCAGAUUUCUUGUACCGACUGACAUUUGUUUAUCCCUCUAUCAUUUUCAUUGUCUAUGUUUAUCAAGCCAAAAAUUAAUAUGCACAGGAAGAUCAUCUGUAAUGUUUAUAGACAAAGCCAUAGAUUUUCCCGCUCUUAUACUUGACGUACAGGCUGUAUGACCACAGACCAUUGUUCUCGUAGCCAUUCUUCAUCGAUAAGUAAAUCGUAUUGCUGCCACUUGUAACCAAAAUAACUUCGUUUAUUCAGUGAAAAAAUAAAAAUAAUUGAGCAAAAUGGAUAAAGUCGAUCGAGCAACGAUCGAACGGUGCUGCGAUUAUUUAACCUCUAGAAUAAACAUGUUAACUUUGUGGCCAAAAUUGCUUGAGCACAGGGUUUUUAAUCCGGAUGAUGUAAACGCGAGUAGAUGGGAGGAAAAUUUGUCAGCCGAGGAGACAAUACGUGACAUACUUCUGAAAAUAAAAACCCGUGGACCAAAGGCAUUCCAGAAUCUUACUUUGUGCUUGCGUGAAACCAAGCAGCAUACUUUGGCUGAUGUUCUUCAAGGUCAUAGGCCUAUUGAGACUGACAGGAGCAGCAAAGAUGUGUCAGAAGAUGAGACUAGUGACGACAGCGAACAAGAUUUUGAUAUUGAGCCAGACAAUGACGAUUAUCACAAGAAAUUGCGCUUCAAUCGUCAGCCUCUUGAGGUUAAAGUACGAAAGGCAACAAAAUUUCGAGAUGGGGGGACUACUAAACCCAUUGGAAGAUAUCCAAUGAGAAGCCAACCUCGUGGCUACGUUCUUCUGGUCACGGUCAAAAUACUUAACGGAGAGGUGCGAUUAGCUGUUGAACGUGAUCGAGUGUGCUUGGUGAAAUUGUUUGAACAAAUGGGUUUCGAAGUGACGGUUACUCCAGAGAAUAUGACUGGACAGGGAAUAUUGGAUGCCGUUGAAAGUUUUUCCAAGAGAAAUUUUCGUCUGGUUGACUCUUGCUUCGUUAUUAUUUCUGCUCACGGAAAUGGAAUUACGAAUGAAAAGGGGGUUCUGGACACAGAAUUCAAGGCCAGCGAUGAUGGUGAACAUGCAGCUCGAAGAGUACUCGCGAGUGACAUUAUCGAUUUUUUUACCGUAAAGAACUGCCCGCUCCUCAAAAGAAAACCGAAAAUAUUUAUUUUUCAAUCAUGCAGAGGUGGAAAAAGACAUGAAAAACCCAGAACCGAAUCCGAUUCCGGACCGAUUUAUCCGUGGGAGUCGGAUGUCCGAAAUUACUCGGACAUCAUGGUCGCUCAUGCGACCAUGCACGGUUACGUCGCUUUUCGAGAUAAUGUCAGUGGAAGUUGGUACAUGCAAAUACUUUGCGAAGUAUUUAUGAAUUAUGCUCACAAGCUUCACGUACAAGAGUUAUUCCAAAUGGUCGACCGAAGAUUAGCUGAUCAACGAACUGAAUUCGGCGAUACUCAGACAUCGACGAUCAAAAUGAUGGGAUUUAACAGACAUUGUUAUUUGAAUCCAGGUUUAUUUGAGAAUUCAAACUCAUAGAGCAACCAGAACUCAGGAGGCGAGAAAUCCGACGAAAACGAAAGGAUUGAUUUUAUCCUAACAAACCGAACUUUCCAGUGGAUUUUAUAACGCAAUUUUAUACUGCUGUCGUUUGCAUUUAUUGAAAGUGAAUUUAUUAAGUUUACAAGAAGUUCCAUUCGUAAUGUAGACCUACGAGAACCAA